AUGCCUCACGCGCGCCAUUGUUUGGCCUUAACGCGUUUUGGCCCUCGCCCCCUCCCUUUCUCCGCUUGCCUCUCCUUCUCCCCACCCUGCUUCCCUCUCCACCCAUCUUUUCCCUACUUUCGUCCCCGCCCCACCCUCCCCUUCCCGUUCCUAACUUCCCCCGCCUCGUCCGCCUUCUCCGUCCCCUCCACCUCCCUCCGCCUUCGCCUCUUCCGCCUGCUCCCGUUCCGUCCGCCUCCUCCGCCUCCGCAUCUUCCGCCUGAUCCGCCUCCUUCCCCGACCACAGCCAGCAGCCCCGUGUCUCGCAGCGCGCGCACGCCCGGCAGCGGGGUCGCGAGGAGAGCCAACCGGGUGGCGCCACGUGCGUCCGCGGACGCAGAGGAGCCGGUGACCAUUGACAACUCGACCGUCCUCGUGGUGGGUGGCGGCGGAGUGGGAAUGGAGGUGGUGAGGCAGCUGGCCAAGGCAGGCUCGUGGGUGACGGCGCUGCAGAGGGGGGAGAAGUUCCGCAAGGAGAUUGAGGGGCUGGGGGCCAUGCUCGCCAUUGGGGACGUGAUGGCGCCGGGAACGAUAGAGAAGGCGCUCAGAGGAAACACAUUUGACGCUGUUGUGUCCACCGUUGGAGGGGGUCUGACAGACAUCAAGGUAGACUCGGACGGCAACAACAAUGUCAUUGCAGCAGCAGAGAAGGCCGGUGUUCCUCGCUUCGUCCUUGUGUCUAGCAUAGGAGCAGGCGAUAGCAAGGCGGCGGUCCCAGGGAAGGAGAUGGACGUGUUGGGGCCGGUGCUGGCCGAGAAGGAGAAGAGCGAGGAGCGGCUCAAGGCCAGCGAUAAGCUCAAAUGGACCAUCGUUCGCCCAGGAGGGCUGCUCUCAGAUGCGGCCACUGGCACAGGCAUUCUCACAGAAGACAGCAGCGUGGUGGGGGUCAUCUCCCGUGCUGACGUGGCACAACUGAUUUUGCGCAUUCUCUUUGAGGAGAAGGCGGAGGGGAAGGUUUUCUCUGCCAUUGAUGCACAAAAGAAAUUUCCUGGAGCACCCGAGAAGGAAAUUGUUGAGUUCAAGGUGUAA